GAAGAAGAAGAAGAAGUGGUGGGUUAAUUUUAUUAAUAAACAUUAUUCAUUUUCAAUCAAGUGGAUUAAAAAAAAUAAAUACAUAAAGUAGGCUUAGAAAGAGAAAGGGGCAUAGAGAAAGAGAUGAAGAAUCUCUUAAGAAAGCUUCACAUAGGAGGAGGAGGAGGUGGAAACCACAUCAAUGAAAAUCAUCAAAACAGAUUAAAUGAAUCAUCAUCUUUAACAGCAACUCAGAGUAGUUCAUCAUCAUCCACUAAAUCACAAUCACCACCUUCUGCUUCUUCUCCUUCUUCUUCAUCAACACCAUUUCCAAGAACCACCACCAAUAGAGGUGGUGGUGGUGGUGGAGGUGGAGGAGGGGGGAAUCAUAUGAUUCUUGAUUCUUCUGGUAUAAUGGAGAAUGUUAAUAAUAAUAACAUGAAUUGUAUUUCUGAUUAUAAUUACUUUGAAGAAGAAUUUCAAGUGCAAUUAGCUAUGGCUAUGAGUGUUUCAGAUCCUAAGAGUAGAGAAGAUAAACAUGAAUCAGCUCAGAUUGAAGUUGCUAAGGAGAUUAGUUUGAAGUUUCCUUCUCCUUCUAAUUCUUCUUCUUCUGUUACUUCUUCCAAUGCCAAAAAUGAGACCCCUAUUGAUCAAGUUUCUUUCAAAUAUUGGACCUCUAAUGUUGUAAAUUAUAAUGAAAGAGUAAAUGAUGGGUUCUAUGAUGUAUACAGCAUUACUUCAAACACCCUAAUGCAAGGGAAUAUGCCGUUGCUGGCUGAUCUUCAAGCUUUGUCGGUAUCAGAUAAUGUAGAAUACGAAGUUGUAUUAGUUAACCAUGCUGAUGAUCCAACAUUGCAAAAUCUAGAGAGAUGUAUAGAUUCGUUAGUCUUGGAAUGUCGAGCUUCAGAGCUUGGUCCAGUUAAAAGUGGUUUGCUUCAAAAGAUAGCUAAUCUGGUUGUAGAUAGCAUGGGAGGACCAGUAAGUGAUGCUGAUGAAAUGGUAAGCCGGUGGGUGGUAAGACGAAAUCAGUUACGAAGUUCUCUAAAUACCAAUGUCAUUCCUAUUGGUUCACUUGACCUUGGACUUUCGCGUCACAGGGCCUUGCUGUUUAAGGUACUAGCUGAUCGCAUCAAUCUUCCAUGUAGGCUGGUGAAAGGGAGCUACUACACCGGUACUGAUGAUGGAGCUGUGAAUAUGAUUAAACUUGAUUAUGACGGUGAAUACAUAAUUGAUCUGAUGGGAGCUCCAGGUGUUCUGGUUCCUGCUGAAAUACCCACUAGCUAUCUUCAAAAUCUUGGUGUAGAUCUUCGGAGCUCCAAAACCAAUGAGCAGACUCUAAGGGAGUCAUGCUUGCCAUUUGACAAGGGAAAAAAUGAACCAAAGAAGAAUUUUGCGACACUGCAAGCAUGUUCCCCUGAUUCUGGUCUUGCUAGGACUGAUGGUUCGGGUUUAAGUGAAGGUUCUUCCUUAGGCAUGCCCUUCGAGGGAACUAACGGGAAAGUUGUUGGAAAAAAUGACACGGAAAAGUUUGAACAUGAUUUUGGACAGCUUCUUCCUUCGUUACGAAGAUCAAAUGAAGGCACCUCUGGAACCAAUGGAAAAAAUUCACCUGCUCAAAAGAUUCAAGUUAAAGAUGUUUCCAAGUGUGUGAUCACUGCAGCACAAAACCCUGAUUUUGCACAAAAACUUCAUGCUCUUUUGUUAGAGAGUUCUGCAGUGCCUCCUCCAGAUCUAUUUGCCGGUUUAACUGCUCCUCAGAAUCUGGGAGGCCAUAAGUUGCUUGUGCGAAGCUCUUCCUUGCCCGAGGAAAACAUUGGUGCGAAGCCUUCACAGGAGUUUCCCAGCAAAGAGAUGGACCAAACUAAGCAGAGUCAUUCUGCUAACUGUUUGGCAGAAAAUCGAAAUGCUAUUCCUCUUGUAGAUGGGAGUAACGAUGGGUUCAUGUUUCAUUUUUCUACGAGUCCGUCUGCACUCAUUAAUCAAGUGUCACAAAGACAACAUGAAAACCUGUUGACUGCUGGUCCACAAUGCUCUCAAGGAAGUGCAGGGACAGUUACCAGUGCAAAGUCUAAAGGAGUAAUUGGUUACAAUGAUGAUCAACAAAGAACUAAGGGAUCUAAAGAGAUCACUGCAGAAACAACCAAACGUGAUGCACAAAUUGCGAGAAAUCUUCACAAUCAGUGGAUUAACUCAAUGUUGGAUGAGGUUGCUGAGUGGGAGAUACCAUGGGAAGAUAUCCAGAUAGGUGAACGAAUUGGUAUUGGAUCAUAUGGAGAGGUUUAUCGUGCUGAUUGGAAUGGCACCGAAGUCGCUGUAAAGAAGUUUUUUGACCAAGAUUUCUCAGGCGAUGCACUGGAGCAACUCAAGUGUGAAGUUAGAAUAAUGCUAAGGCUGAGACAUCCAAAUGUUGUUCUUUUCAUGGGAGCGGUAACACGGCCUCCAAAUCUUUCAAUACUAACAGAGUUUCUUCCCAGGGGGAGUUUGUGCAGGUUGUUGCAUCGUCCGAACAUUCAACUUGAGGAAAAGCGACGACUGCGGAUGGCUUUGGAUGUGGCCAGGGGAAUGAAUUACUUACAUACUAGCAACCCUAUAAUUGUGCAUCGAGAUCUGAAAUCUCCGAAUCUCCUUGUUGAUAGAAAUUGGGUUGUUAAGGUCUGUGAUUUUGGAUUAUCACGUUUGAAGCACCAGACAUUUCUGUCUUCAAAGUCGAUGGCCGGCACUCCGGAGUAUAUGGCACCAGAAGUUCUUAGAAAUGAACCAUCGGAUGAGAAAUGUGAUGUGUAUAGCUUUGGUGUGAUACUGUGGGAACUUGUUACCUUGCGUAGUCCAUGGAGUGGAAUGAAUCCAAUGCAGGUAGUUGGAGCUGUUGGAUUUCAGAAUAGGCGCCUUGAGAUACCUGCCAAUGUUGAAUCAACGGUUGCUAAAAUCAUACAAGAUUGUUGGCAGAGUGAUCCGAAGCUUAGGCCUUCUUUCGCACAGCUAAUGGCACUGCUUAAGCCUCUGAAGCGUUUAUUAGUUGAUAAAACGUAGGUGCAAGACCAAGUGGUUUAAAACUCUCAAAGAAAAAAAGAAAAAUUCCAGCUGUUGGUCGAGUUAUAUAACAGUCAACAGCUUUGAGUCAGGCUCAAGACCAAAGCAGCAGUAUUCAUUCUGCAAAACAAAGAAGAUCAAUCGAAGUUGUUGGUUCAUUCGAAUUGGGGACUGCAACAAGACGCCAUCAGAAGGGUGUGGUGGAGAUCAUGUCUGUGUUCCAGAAAAGAAAAAGGGUGGAUAUCAAGCCCCUGUGGUCAAACAGACUGCACAAAGGGCAGUAGAGCAGAGCCAAAGGUGAGUAGUAAUAUUCUCCAAAAGGCUGGGUAGGUAAUUAGCGAAAUCAUAAACGGUUGAAACAUAGAAAUCAUGAAUAUAAAUAUGAAUUUAGAAUCGCAAUUCUGUAUUUUGGGAAGGGGAUUCUAAUUGAUGGAAAGCUUAUUUGGAAAUGUAUAUAGACUUUCUCAUUGCCAAUUCAUUUACAUAAAGGAAAGCUAAAGUGAAACAACAGCAAGUGCAGAAUGCACUAAACCUAUACUUGUACUAGUUUCUCUAUUCAUUUUUUGACUUCACAA